GUUGAAUUAGACAUGGAUAAUAACGUUUCGUUAAGUCGAGUUCACGUGACCAGUGAAAACGCCCUAAUAUUUAGAAUAUUUCACGAAAAUGACACAGGGAUCUAUCGAUGUCUUGGCAAAAACGAGACUCAGGAGAAGGGUUUGCACAACUAUCGAAUAGAAUUGACAGUUAAAUCAAAUAAUUCGGAUGUCAAGGGCGAUUUGGCCGCAUACGAACAUUUCAAGAAAACCAAUCUCGAUCCUCUUAAUAAAAAAUUUGCGGAAUCGGACAUCGAUGAAUUUGUAGGUAUUCGAGAAGCAGGAAUAAGCCUCGAAGUCGUUACAGAGUGGGGUGUUUGGGGACCGUGCAAAGAGUGCGUUAAAAUGCGAGGAGUAAAAAAGAAGCGGGGUCACUGCCGGCUAAAAUGCUACUACAAUGAAAGUACUACGGGCGAUUCCGAAAUUCUACAAAUGUUCAAAAAUAAUCCGACGAUCCCUUGCAAGUCGAGAUUUCUACAAGAGCUGUUUCCAAGUGUUAGUAACGCAACGGGGCACUUGUCGGAAUUCGUACUCACUGAAAAAUGCAAGCCUUGCAAAAAGGAGAAGAACAAGAAAAGGCGCAAGUUUAAGUAUAAAAAGCGCUACCUUUUGGCUCAAGGGGGCCACCUUACGCUUUCGUGCCCCAACACAACAAUAUUAUCAGACAUCAUUUGGAUGAGAGAUUCAAAAGUCUUGCCACGGGGAAAAGGUCGUUCUGUUCGCAAAAAGGACUCGACGCCGCGGAUAUACGUUGAUCACUACAACACUAUUUACCUCAAAGAUGUAUCGGAUCCGGAGCAAGGAAAAUACACGUGCACGGUCGACGAUAAGCGAAUAUUGCAGGUCACAGUCGUCGUUGUACCUAAACGCGGACUUCUAUUUGAAGCGUUCGUCACGCAUUUGAGAAUUUUGGGAUUUAUCUUCCUGCUGACAACCGCUCUUUACUGUGCAGGUGUCAUCAAAGCAUGCAAACAUCGAGAUCAAUUCAAGAUUAAGACUUAUGAACAACUGAAAGAGGAAAGACAGAUAUUUUCAAAGGCAUAA